AGUAGAUAAUGUCAGAGCUGCUGUCGCUUGUCUCGGCUAGGCUAGCGUCGACUCUGUGAAAAGAAGAGGGCGUCCUACACGUCGGAGGAAAACUAAAUAAACAAACAAACGAAAUGUCACGAAUAUAAAAAAAAAAAAAGAAGACCUGUCGCUUCACAAGCAGCAAGGAGCUUAUUCAUUUCCCUCAUAGCCAAGGUUUGACCACAACACUGUGACGUCCCGUUUCAGGUCUUCAGUCUUUUUUGGGGGGCUAACUUGAGCAUCAAAGCAGAUCUGUAUCUGCAGGGCAUUGGUCACCAGGAGGGAUAUUUAGAAUAAUCAUGAACGCCCACAAGUCAGACGUGCACACCAUCUCCCCGGAGCUGCCGGCCAUGUUCGACGGCAUGAAGCUGGCUGCGGUUGCCACGGUGCUCUACAUCAUUGUCCGCUGCCUGAACCUCAAGAGCCCCACAGCACCGCCCGACCUCACCUACCAGGACACUCCUCUCAACCGGUUCCUGCUCAAGUCCUGUCCUCAACUGACCAAAGAGUACAUUCCUCCCUUACUGUGGGGCAAGAGCGGUCACCUCCAGACGGCUCUGUACGGUAAACUUGGUCGGGUGAGUUCACCUCACCCUAGUGGAAUCAGGAAGUACUUACCAAUGCAGGACGGGGCCACUGCAACCUUUGACCUGUUUGAGCCAGUGGGGGACCAUCGAACAGGAGAUGACAUCACCAUGGUGAUAUGUCCUGGAAUUGGUAACCAUAGUGAGAAGCAUUACGUCCGAACCUUUGUGGAUUACGCCCAGAAGGAAGGGUACCGCUGCGCUGUGCUGAACCACCUGGGAGCUCUUCCAAACAUUGAGCUGACCUCUCCACGCAUGUUUACCUACGGAUGCACAUGGGAGUUUGCCUCCAUGGUUGGCUACAUUAAGCGAACAUAUCCUCAGACCCAGCUGAUCGUGGUGGGCUUCAGUCUGGGUGGAAACAUUGUGUGCAAGUUCCUGGGAGAGAAUAUGACAAACCAGGAGCGAGUGCUGUGCUGUGUCAGCGUCUGUCAGGGGUACAGCGCUCUCAGGGCCCAGGAAACAUUCCUACAGUGGGACCAGUUCAGACGGUUCUAUAAUUUUCUCAUGGCAGACAACAUGAAGAAAAUCAUCCUCUCACACAGGCACAGUUUGUUUGGAGGAAGCUCCGUUAAAAGGUUAGAUGCAGAUUUUGGUCGGCUGUGGACAGCGACGUCCCUCAUGCAGAUCGACGACAACAUCAUGAGAAAAUUCCACGGCCACAGCUCUCUCAAAGAGUACUAUGAGAAGGAGAGUUGUGUACAUUAUAUCCACAAUGUGAAGGUGCCAUUGCUGCUAGUGAACUCUGCAGACGAUCCUCUGGUCCAUGACUCACUGCUCACCAUUCCCCGCACAUUAGCAGCAAAGAAGCAGAAUGUCAUCUUUUCCCUGACGCUACACGGAGGCCACCUGGGCUUCUUCGAGGGUGCGGUGCUCUUCCCCCAGCCCCUCACCUGGAUGGACAAAGUGAUUGUGGGUUACGCCAAUUCCAUGUGCCAGUGGGAGAAACAGAAACCACCGUGCCUAAGUGGCCCCCUAAGUGAGAGCUCCUGCACAGAGGAAAAAGCAUAAACCUUUGUGUCACUCUCUCUCUCUCUCUCUCUCUCUCCCCUUCUCUCCCCUCUCACCCUCUCCAGCCCCUACAGUCCCAGCACUGAGGAGACACCUGAACUGAACCUUAAACUCUUUUCUCUGCCUUCUCCUCUGGUGCUACCCAAAUUUCCCAUACACACCCACACAAACAAACAAUUCUCCACGCCUUCCCCCCCACGGUUCCCUUUGUAAUCACCGUCACCUUACAGUAUGUGAAGGAACACAAACAACUAACUGCCUUUGUGCUCUUUUCCGUUGGGAAGACUUUGAAUUCAAAGCAGGAACAGUUUCUUUCUCCGCGUGUACACGACAAAGAUCCUUGGCAAAUGGAGGUUUUGACCAAAUAUGACAAACAUUAAGUCAAACUGGCAUUGAAAAGAAAGUGAGAGCACCACUUUAGAGUAGUCCAGUGAAAAACAAGAGCACACAAGAAGCCUCCUUUAACUUUAAACAAGGACUGUGCUGCAGCCGGUGCCUACUUACUGCACCUGUAAGAAGCUCACUGCUUAUCACCGCCAAGGCCAUGUAGCCUAGUCUGUUGUCUUAACCAACACACAGCGUCUUUGUAGUAUGUAUGUGUAACUCACAAAUCUAGUGUGUAUGUGUGUGUGUGUCUGUGUGUGUGUGUGUGUGCCUGUGUAGACCGAGAGUUAAAGACCUGUGAUGGAGCAUGUGAUUUUGUGUUUGGUAGGUGUGAUCCAAAUUCUCUGUUGGUGGUCUUAUGGCCCCCUUCAUGUCUGUUGUUUUGUAGAAAAAUGUAGAAUAGAGAAAUUAAGUAUUACAGUGGGAUUCGACACAUUAUUUCAGCUCAUAACAUCCUCCUGGCGCUUGUGUUUGGCACUUAAAAGGGAAGUGUACCAGACAUGAGCAGGGAUCAACCCCAGAAGGGAACCAUGCACAUUCCCACAGUCGCAUUCUAUCACUUUGAUUUAAUGCACUUUACACCCCCUGUUUGACGCAGCUUUUUCCUUUUUUGUUUCCUUAGUAUUUAAAGUGCAGGCAAGGCGAUUGUUGAUGGUUUGUCACCCAUAGAAAGAACUGGUGGGAGCAUGGAUGAUAACGCAAAGUUAGAUGACUCUGAUGUUCCCUGUGUGGUCUUUUGUCCAUGUCUUUGAGCCCUCUUACUCUUUCAUCUGCCUUUGAUCAGCUGAGGGUCCAGCCACGUCUCUGAUAUCCCUCUCCUACGGCACAGACACUGACCUUGUACUAGCUAGCCCCUGAGUGGUUGAGUGAUAGCCUCUGCUGCUGCUCAAAGGCUGGUACACAUAAAAAAAAAAAUACCUCAUUAGGUGUUAACAUCUCAGUUCACUUUAGUAUUUUUUCCUUGCCAAUGAUUCUUCGGUGUCUGAUUUGGGAAAAUGCCCUCGGCUGUUCGGUUGAUGUGGGGCCCUAUUUCAAAGGGGAGUUCAGCAGCGUGUAGCAGUUCAUUCUCUCGUUAUCUGAGCUGUGAGGUGUGAUGAGUAAGAGUGCUCAGAAAUGCUCAACCAAAUGUUUAUUUUAGUGGAAUGUUUGUCAAAUACUGGUAAUUGUGUAAUAAGAUGGAGGGCAACGCAUGCAAAAGAGAUCUGGCAGAAGGGAAUAUUUUAUUUUAAAGACGGUAUGUCUUGUUUUCUUUUCUGGGAUGAGCUGAGCUUUGAAGCUGCAGCAGCACAGCAGGGUGGACUGGAGGAACACUGCAGUGACUUGUAGAAAUCCAUCUCAAACAUGUCUAGAUUAAAUCAUACUGCAAUAAUGGGACCUAUAGACUUUUUAAAAACCGGAAUCUGUUAGAGAGCUUUGAUGUAAGGGCUUAGGAAGCUUCUGCCAGUCCAGCCAAGUAAUCUAUUCUGAAACACUGUGACGAAACAGAUGGAUAUGAUGAAAGGAUAUCUGAGAAUUGACAACCACCUCUGUUGUGAGGCAUUUUAGGUUUUUUUUAAGACCUGGGUUUCAUAGUAUUUUGAAGUAGUAGUGAGAUGCAGGAAGUCUAGCAUUCUAGAAAAAGUCAUAUGAUGGACCUCACACUUUAGAAAACUGUAGAACCGUAAAAUGAUGAGUUGGUAUAAAGAAGGCUCUGAGUCAUCGUGGCUGAAGGAUGAUUUUGAUUUUGAGCAUUCAUAUUUUUUUGUUAACCUCUAAAAAAAAAUUGGGAUAAAAUUUGAGAGAACGAAAUGCUGCAGCUAACAAUGACAAACGACAAAAGACACAAAAGAGCAUCUCAGAACCUAAAGUUACGUCUUCAAUUGCCAAAAACAUUUCCUCUCCUUAGUGGUAAAAACAGGAGAAAAUCUUUGUAUUUAAGAAGACUGAACUAGCAAACGUUUCACAUUUUCACUCUGAACAGAGACAAAAUCAUAUUCUGUCAUUUUUUUCUUUUGAUCAAUAUAUCCAUUAAGUAACUAACCAUUUCAGAACUAACACUUAUAGAGAUUAUUAGCACUUAUGAAAAUUAAUUUGGUUUUACUCUGGCUGGAGGAUGAAUCUACGAUCACGGUGUAUCGAGAUCUCAUGUUUGAGACGCAAAUGGCUUAACUUUAUCCUCCCUUUGUGGAGAUUGUUCUAUGAAAAUACAAUUGGGUCCGGUUAUUAAUCACACCAUGCUGACUCGGCUUUCAUUUAAAAAAAAAAAAGGGAUUUACCAUACAAUGUAAUCCCUUUCAACUAAGGAGAUACAGUAUGUAACUUCCUGAUCCAAUCACGAUGCCUCGCUUUCCCCCAACAUCCAAAUCUGUAAAUCUCACUGUAUGAAACUAAUUGGAACCUUGUUUUUUUUUAUGGACCUGUGAGGUUAAAAGAAAAUCUGCAUUAAAUUACGACACUGACAGCAAAGGUCCACCUUAUAGGCUGUCUGCCAUCCUGUGUCCCACAAACCAAAUGUCACUGUCGCCAUCUGUUGUCAGAAAGACCUAACAACAACUGCCAGGCAUUUAUGGCCAACAUCUGCCCUGAGAUGAUACAGUUCACGGUUCACAGUGUCCGCAGCUCUCUGUUAAAGAAAGAUCAGGUGUGGUUUGGAUUUAUUCGGACUCAUAGGAGAAAUGAGCUGAACAAUGACAACGCCAGCACAAACCCAGUGUCCGCAGUGAGAGCCAUUUGUGUUCUUGUUUGCCUCUCCCCAACUUUGCACAAAAAUGCAGGUUUGGAUGUAUAAUUUGGAUGUAUUUUUUUUACAUUUGAUUAUUUGGGGUAUCUUUUUUGUAUUUUGUACUGUUAUGCAUUUUGGUCUUGUAUUAUUUACAUGUGCAAACGCAUCAGAGUGUGAGUGUUGAUGAGUAAACAUACAGUAAGUGUAUACUGUGUCAUGUCACCACUUCUGAUCAACAAAAACCAAAACGUCUUCACUUUAACUCUACAAAGGCUAAAAAAAAAAACAUAAAUAUAUAUAUUUAAAAAGUGUAGGCCUAUAUUUAAAUAUUUGAGGGAACAGAUAUUACAAAAAUAAUGGCAAUAACCAACUAGGAGGGAUUCUUUUGUCGUUUCAAUACUAAUGUGUUAGGAAAUAGUGUCAGACGGCAUUCGACCAAAUCAUGUCAUAAACACUGAGAUCAUUCUCUCAUGGGGUGUGGGAUCUGAAGUGUUGUUUUACCUUGUUAAUAUGCUCCACUGUACUUAUCUUAACCCCAGUGCUUCAAACAGUUUGUUUUUAAGGUUGUGGGCUCAAUUUUCUUUAUUACUUGGAAGCUGAAAAUAAUUGAGUAAUAUUACUUACAUUAAACCUCCAAUGAGUUGACAUGUAUAAAUGAAUCAGAAAAUACAGCUCAUGUUGAGAUGAAUAUUGCCUACAAUUGUGCGAUUUUAUCAUUUUACCCCCCCCCCCCCCCCCAAAAAAAAAGAAAAAAAGAAAA